AUGAGCUCUGCUACCGUGACACAGAAUCAGGAACUGCCAACAUGGCUCGACCAAGAGCUAAAGAUAAGAUACACUUCGAUUCAGCGUAUGAGCGACACGAAGAGACAGGUGGAGUGGGAGACCAAAGUCUUGGAAGAUGUCCGAGUCUUAUGUUCCCACAAUCUCGACGAUGCGUGGCGAGCGGCGUGGAUUCGUGUGCAAGGUAGGGUGGGAGGUUGGCUUCGCUGGCUUCCUCCAAGGAAGGAGGAUGAAGUGAACAUCAUCGAUGACCGGCUUCGAAAAAUCCUCACCUCACAGAAUGCCCAUGUUCGCUCUGUAGUCAUAGGGACCAGCGUGCCGCUCUAUCCGUUGGACCGACUAGAAAGAGUGCAGCGCAUCACAUAUCCUCUUCUUAGAUGUCUUCUGAGUGUCGAAAGGAUGCGAGCUCCGAAGGAGCUGGAAAUUCUCCCCGACUGCGUCAAUGUGGAUCAAGGAUCGGAUACCGAAGUUAGGUUUGAGGUUUCCAAGAGGGAGGAUUUUGGUUUUCUGGAAAUAGUCGUGGGAUGGUUUCGUUUCGAAGCGAAUCCGGUUUUUUUCUCAUGCCAAAUGUCGACGAAGCAUGUCACGGUUUACGACUGCCCCAUGUCUUCGAAGGUCAGGACUCUGUUGGAGAAAGUUGUCUGCAUGCUUGGGUUGGACAACCAAGAGUGGGGAUAUCUGUCAUCACAAGUCAUGAAAUCAUAUGGCUGUAAACAUGAACGGGCGGGAUUGAUGUGGUAUCUUCUUCACCGUCGGUCGAGAUAUUUCAGGUUGGGUUCAUUGAGUCUUCUCGACGGGUCAGGGGUAGCGAAGAAUGGAACUUGGUCGGACAAGGGACGAGAAAUCGUGUGGAAGGCUGCGGUCAAAUGUAUUGUGGAGGAGGCAGAAUACGCAGGAGAAGUGUGGAAGAGUAUUCACAAAAGGAUGCUACAGGGUGGGGGCCAUGACUUCUUUUGA